AUGGCUGCACAAAGCCCUGAACGUCAGCCCCCAUUGACAGUACGGAGUCCCUGGCUUCUUCAAUUACCUGCUGAGAUUUUAUUGUUGGUCGCAUCAUUUUUGCCAAAUCGAGAUCUCAAAUCCUUGCGCUUGGCAAGCAAACUACUAGGCGAGACGCCACUGUCAUUCUCGCGCGUGUUUCUUUCAGCCAAUUCGCUGGAUAUCAAGGUUUUGCGCUCUGUAGCGAAUCAUCCAGACUUCAGGGAGCAGGUCACCGAAAUUAUUUGGGACGACGCGCGUUUUGUUUCGGCUCCAGUGUCCUGGGAGGAUUAUGAACCGUAUAUCGAUCGCAGUGGCUUGCAAAUCAACGACGAAGAAAGAUGUCCUAAGUGGUUCUUGCAGGAAUGCAAAAACAACAUCCGCAAUAUGAAACAGCGGAAAUCCCGCGACGUGGACAGGCCCGACCAUAUCGCUCGCCAGCAGCAGGUGGAUGCACAGAUGCCUCUAAAGGACUGCUGGAAGUACUAUUCGCAAGUCCUUAAUGACCAGCAAGCUGUGAUCGAAUCUCGGGAUGAUGAAAAAGCCUUUAUUUAUGGCUUAGAGCGAUUCCCACAGCGAAGACGAGUGACUAUUACGCCUGCAGCGCAUGGCCGCAUUUUCUCUCCGCUAUAUCAAACACCUACGAUCCGAGCAUUUCCUUAUGGCUUUAACUAUCCUAUUCCACGGGGAUGGCAAAUUUCUCUGACUGAAGGAAUGGUUAUCGACCCUUUAGUGUGGUCAGAGGCAAAAGAAGAGUAUAAGGAGUUAUGGAGAGGGGCCAGAAUUGCCCUUCGCGUUCUAUCAACGAUCGAGGACUAUAAUAUUUCUGAACUAUGCUUCGAUUCAAAACAACUCGCUACUGGGAUAAACUACAUGAUUUUUGCCCAGCCGUGUGAAGAGUAUAACUAUUUCGCAGCUAUCAUGAAACGCCCAGGCUUUCGUCACCUUCACCUAUCCUUCCUGGUUGGAUAUAACGGGGUCUAUGACUAUAAAGGUUUCACCAGCGGAUGCUUCUCCGAGGCUGUUAGCUUGGCGAAGAAACUGACUCAUAUCCAUUUCACAGUGGCAUUAGGCGAUUCAGCUGGGGAUCCAGUUGUUCCUUUAAAAGAGAUUCUCCCUAUCCAGCAAUGGCCAAAUCUCUAUCAUUCUGGUCUUUCCAAUUUUAGCGUCAACACAUCAGACUUAAUUGAUCUCCUUAGUUCGGCGUCAUCUUCACUACGCUCUGUUGAGCUAGGAUCCCUUGGGUUUCCUAACGAUGAAGGAUGCUGGUCUGAGCUAUUGGAGCGGAUGCGGGAUGAGCUUGAUUGGACUAGGCGCGAUCGAUCACUAAGACCGGCCGUAAGAAUCACUAUAGAGAUUGAUCAGAUGCAAUCUGGGAGGUUCGCUCUUCUCACAGAUGAGGUAACGAACUUUCUCUAUGACUCUAGUGAAAUUCCAACACAGGGAUCUUUACUUAACUUCCCCAAGUUAGGAAUGGGUACUUUGCAUGAUAAUUUCGAACCUAAAUAUACUCGACCACACGUCGGUAUGCAGGAGCUUGAGGAAUUGGGAAUUUCUAAACGUUGA